CACACAAUUAUCCAGCUAGUUUUCUAUAGAGAAACAAUCAUGGCAGUCAAAGUUACACUACUCAAUCUCUUCCUUUCAGCAUCCCUCAUCACUGCUCUCUUGUUUUCAUCAGUCCUUCUGGCUGAAGCCAAAAGUACUGGCCAUGGACUUAGCACUGAGAUAAUCCAUCGUGCUUCUAAGAAGUCUCCAUUUUUCAACGCUGCUUCUCCAAAUUCACUCCGGAUGGAGUUAAUACCUGACCGUCUUACUGGUGUAUACCUAAUAAACUUUUCUGUUGGAACUCCUCCAAAGUUUCAACAGGUAGUUGUUGACACUGGCAGUCAUAUUAAUUGGAUACAAUGCCAACCUUGUGUCGACUGCUACAAACAAGAUAUCCCCAUUUUCUACCCCGUAAAUUCUUCAACCUUUAAGCCCGUCUCCUGUCAGUCACCUAAAUGCUUUCAAAAUAACUGUCAAGGAAGCCAAUGCGUGUAUUUUGCUACUUACGUUAGUAGUAGUUACUCAUUUGGUGAUGUAGCUACGGAUACUUUCACUUUCUAUUCUGCAAAUGGAGAGGAAUUAUCUUUUCCAGCUAUUGUUUUUGGAUGUGCUCACAGAUCCAAAUCUACACCAGUGACCCCAAUGAUGUCUGGCUUAAUAGGGCUUGGAGCUUCUCCUGCGUCUUUAAUGUCGCAAAUAAUUAAUCCAGCAUUUGGACAGAAAUUUUCCUACUGUUUUGUGCCCUUUUCACUAUUAGGUUUCCCUAGCAAACUUACCUUUGGUGACAAUGCUUGGGGACCUGGGAGUUUUUUCACUCCACUUAUUGUUAAACCUUCCGAUGUGUUCUAUUUCUUGACCCUCUUAGGCAUAUCGGUUGGUGAAAAAAAACUGGAACUUAUUGUUAAUUCCUCUACUAUUUUUCAAGAGGGGAAUAUUGUGAUAGACUCGGGAACUACUUAUACUUCCCUUCCUACCCCGUUCUACAACCAACUUGAAACAGUGGUGAGAGAAGCCGUUGAAGUGGAACCGUGGUCUGACAACUCACAAUCUGGGACGAGUCUCAGUCUCUGCUACAAAGAUUUGGAUGGCAAUGAUAUUCCUCCACUGACGCUUCAUUUUAUUGGAGCUGAUGUCCCGCUGUCUAAGGAUAAUAUCAUGCCUCCAAUGCCAAAUAGUGACGGACUUUGCUGCCUAGCCUUUUUACCUACAGAAAAUCAGCCCUUCUUCGGGAAUGUCGCCCAAUCGAACUUUCUAGUUGGAUACGAUCUAGAUAAAAUGAUCGUAUCCUUCAAGGCCACUGAUUGCACCAAAAUGGCCUGAUUUAUUUAGUAUUAGCUUUAGACUUCUUCAGUCCGUUGUAUUCUACUUUGUUACGUGUAUGUGGACUUUAGCCUGUAUCAUCUACGGAAAAAAGACAUCUAUCUACUAGUACUUAGCUUC